AUGUGUUGCAACUACUACGGAAACUCAUGUGGUAGCUGUGGCUACGGCUCUGGCUAUGGCUGUGGAUAUGGCUCUGGCUACGGCUGUGGAUAUGGCUCUCGCUAUGGCUGUGGAUAUGGCUCUGGCUAUGGCUGUGGAUAUGGCUCUGGCUACGGCUGUGGAUAUGGCUCUCGCUACGGCUGUGGAUUUGGCUCUGGCUACGGCUGUGGAUAUGACUCUGGCUAUGGCUGUGGAUAUGGCUCUCGCUACGGCUGUGGAUUUGGCUCUGGCUACGGCUGUGGAUAUGGCUCUGGCUAUGGCUGUGGAUAUGGCUCAGGCUGUGGUUAUGGUUGCUAUGGAUACCAGCCAUUUUGCUAUAGAAGAUGUUAUUCUUGCUGCUAG